CGAGCUGUUUUCGAUAAAAAGAAAUCGUUUAAAUUGCGCUCACAACAAAAUCGCUUGAAACAGUUGCGACUGCAACGUCGGUGCGACGACGACGACGACGGAACGUGUAAAACGUCCUAGUUUGAAUUAUACUCAAAAGGAUAAAUAAAAAGAAGUAGGCUGUUAAAAGAACUCUUAAAAAAAGAAUAAAGGCAGUACAAAAUGCUUGCUUGACUAAGCAGAAAGUAACGCAUACGCCGCGUGGUGUAAAAUACAAAAUAUAGAAAAUUAAACUGUGAUAAACAUACAAUACAAUAUAAUUUCAACAUUUAUACUGUGUUAAUACCUCACAACAGCACAUUAAAUCACAAAAAAUGUCGGUACCAAUGCUAUUAACUCCUCUGGAAACUCAGACGGCGGAAGAGCACAAAGAAAAUUGUGCCUCGUACGUGGAAGCGACUGCGAUUAGUACUGCCAACUAUGGAACUGGCAACGAGCUGCUGGAGGCGUCUCCCUCGACUGGUUGCAAGCCCACGUUGAGGCAGUUCAAUGUGCGAUUGCAGUCAUCUCUGGCCGCCGAGGAGCAACUGGGUCUGACUGGAGAUGUCAAGGCACUGGGCGAGUGGCAACUGUCGCGCUGUGUGCCCCUGGAUCGUCUGGACGAGCUCAGCUGGCAGACAACGGUUCGUCUGCAGUCGUGCCGUCAGAUCGAGUACCGUUACUUUGUCUACGUGGAGGAUGCAUCGGGUCACAAGCAAAUCCGUCGCUGGGAGACAAACUUUAAGCCCCGCCUGCUGCUGCCCAGUCCCGAGCAGGAGUCCACCCAAUUGGAUGACUUUGGAAUUGCCAAUCCGUCUGAUCCCACGGCUCAGGUGCAUCGUGGCUGGCUGAACCACGAGGCCAUUGUGCAGCUCAAGUUCAAUGGCGAGAAGAUGUUCCAGGUGCAUGACAUUGAGACCUUUGACCCGCAGCAUGUGCAGCUCAAGAUUGUGCCUGUAGAGCAGACAAGGGGACUCCAUGUGGAGUACUCCAAGCAGCUGUACGGCCGGAGUCAGCUGCAGGUACAGCCGGCUCAUGGAGUGUCCUACACCAAAGGCGACAUUGUCAUCUUCCACAUCACAUUGCCGCUGGAACAGAUGAUGCUGCAGAGCUUCCGCCUGGAGUGCUACAGCCUGGAGCAAGAACUACUGGGUAGCGCCACUUUAAGUGCCUCCCAGCUAACGGGCAGCGAGGGAUUGCUGCAGCUGCACAUUAAGUCCGCCAAUCGACCUGCAGAGACGCUGGCCAGGCUGAGAUUACCCUAUGUGGUGGUGCAGCCUUAUCAGUACUCCCCGUUGGACUUUAAGAACACCUAUGCCCACUACUGGCCUAGCACCUGGCCCAACCUGGACGUGGGACAUCGCGGCAAUGGCAAGAGCUACAUCGCCGAGGCGCCUCUAGAGCGGGAGAACACGAUCGCCUCCUUCCUGAGUGCGCAUGCCCACCAUGCGGACAUGAUAGAGCUGGACGUGCAUCUGACGGCCGACGGUAUUCCCGUGAUCUAUCACGACUUUGGCCUGCGCACUGCUCCGCCGGGCAAGCAGAUCGAGAAACCCGAUCAGCUGGAGUACGUCCUCAUCAAGGACAUCAACUAUGAGCUGCUCAAGCGGCUGCGCAUCUUCUCUGUGAUCAAUGGCAAAGUGCUGGAGUAUCCCUCGCACAAUGCCGAGCCACACUUGGAGCAUCGCAUCUUCCCCAGACUGGUGGAGGUGCUCCAGCAGCUGCCCAAGUCCCUGGGCAUUGAUGUGGAGAUCAAGUGGCCACAGCGCCGACAGGCAGGCGGAUCCGAGGCGGAGCAGACCAUCGACAAGAACUUCUUUGCGGAUCGCGUGCUCCAUGAGGUCAUUCAAUAUGGCUGUGGUCGUCCCCUGAUCUUCUCCAGCUUCGAUGCCGACAUGUGCACCAUGCUGCGCUUCAAGCAGAACAUCUUCCCCGUGAUGUUCCUCACCCAGGGCGAGACCAAAAAGUGGCAGCCCUUCAGUGAUCUCCGCACCCGCAACUUCAUGGCUGCCGUCAACAAUGCCCAGGCCUUUGAGCUGGCCGGAACAGCUCCUCAUGCGGAGGAUUUCCUGGGCGAGAAUGCCGCUCAGAUGCUGAAGCAGGCACGCGAUCUGGGACAGAUUGCCGUCAUCUGGGGGGAUGACUGCAACUCCAAGGAGCGUGUCAAGUAUUUCACACAGAUCGGAGCCACCGCCACCUGCUACGAUCGCAGUGAUCUCAACAUGCCCGAGUCCAAGCAGCGGGCCUUCUUCAAUUCCAGCGCUCUGCUCGCCGAGUUCGAGGGCCAGUGCAGGAUCUAGGCGAAUCCAGGGGAACAGAGGGGAUCAGAGGGAUCAGAGGGGUGGGUAGGCAUAGUCUAAAUAUAAAGCUGAGUUCACACGGUUAAAUUGUGUAGAUAGUAUUGGUUCUGAUUAUACAAGUAUGUAUGAAAUGUAAAUAUCUGAAACAAAUACUAUACUUUUGUAAUCAUGGAAAGAGUGUGAACUAAACCCAAGUCCAAUUGAUGCUAUAAUUAUAUAAUGAUUUAAGCUUGUAAAUUGUUUUUUUAUAUUAAUACAACUAAGCAAACCAUUGUAAACCUGUUGACACUCGCAUUGGUGAGUUUCGUGGGCGAACUCAGGGAGGGGAAGUGGGCAUAGAUAUAGAGAAGAAAUCAAAUCCAGAAAAUCUAUUUAAUUGUUCUUUACAAACUGUAAAUACACGUUGUUAACUAUAUUUCAAUUUAAAUUCGUAUCUAUGCUCAGUUCGACCAUUGAAUAAAUAAUAAUGAAAAUCAAAAAA